AUUGACCUUCGAGAUAAAGAAGCACUAGACAAGGUGUUUGCUUCAACAAAGUUUGAUGCUGUCAUUCACUUUGCUGGAUUAAAAGCUGUUGGUGAAAGUGUACAGAAGCCGUUGCUAUAUUAUAACAAUAAUCUUAUUGGUACAAUAACUCUUUUGGAAGUAAUGGCUACUCAUGGAUGCAAAAAGCUAGUAUUCUCGUCAUCAGCUACUGUCUAUGGUUGGCCUAAGGAAGUCCCCUGUACAGAAGAAUUCCCUCUAUUUGCAAUGAAUCCAUAUGGACGUACUAAGCUUAUUAUUGAAGAGAUUUGUCGUGAUGUAUACUGUGGAGACUCUGAUUGGCAGAUAAUAUUGCUUAGGUAUUUUAAUCCUGUUGGUGCUCAUCCCAGUGGAUACAUUGGUGAAGAUCCUCGGGGAAUUCCAAACAACCUCAUGCCCUUUGUACAACAAGUUGCAGUUGGGAGGAGGCCUGCCCUUACAGUUUUUGGAAAUGAUUAUUCAACCGAGGAUGGCACUGGGGUACGGGAUUAUAUUCAUGUGGUUGAUCUGGCUGAUGGGCAUAUUGCAGCCCUUAGGAAGCUUUUUGAUGGCUCUAAAAUGGGCUGCGAAGUGUAUAAUCUAGGGACUGGGAAAGGAACAUCUGUUCUGGAAAUGGUGACAGCAUUUGAGAAGGCCUCUGCAAAGAAAAUCCCUCUGGUCAUGGCUGGAAGGCGGCCUGGUGAUGCUGAAAUUGUUUAUGCAUCAACUGCCAAAGCAGAGAAGGAGCUGAAUUGGAAGGCAAAGUAUGGCAUCGAUGAGAUGUGUCGAGAUCAGUGGAACUGGGCUAGCAAGAACCCCUGGGGAUAUGGAUCACCUGACUCAUCUAACUAAAGGAACAAUUCUUUACAAUAACAUCAGCUUUUCAAUUCAUAAAGAAGAAAUGCUAAUUUAUGGACUUCAUGUAAAUGGGGUAUAGGUCUAGCUAAUGUCCUUUUCGAUGUAAUAAUCUUUGUUACAGGUAAAUAUGCUUAUUUCAUGAAAGAGGCAUGACUUUUAGUUGUCUUUAUGCAUUUCUGGACUUUUAUGUAAAUGGAGUAUAGGUCUUGCUAAUGUCCUUUUCGAUGUAAUAAUCUUCGUUACAAAUGAAUAUGCUUAGUUCAUGAAAGAGGCAUGACCUUUAGAUGUUU